CUGACUUCACUCAGCGCUCAUCCCUGUGGCAUCCCUGUUUCUUUAAGUCCUCAGAUGUUCGGUUUGAAUCGUCAGCUAAAGCAGAGGAUGUUACGGCCUGGUUCGUGUUAACAGCGAGAUUUAAUAUGAGGAUAAAGAGAUAAAAACCGAGCCGUUUGAGUCCAAGACACAUUAAAGAAGAUGGAGUGAUGAUGUUUGCUGUUGGUUGAAGUCCACCCCAAGAAACAAGAUGAAGAAGAGGCUGCUUCGAGGUUUCCUGUCAGAAAUCUCUGUCCGGAUGGUGCUGUUGGUGGUUUUCCUUGUGACGGAACAGCUUCCUCCUUUCCACCGUGAGAUCCAGGCAGAGGAGAUGUGGUUGUAUAAAUUCCACCCUGUGGAGCGAGACCAUGUACCUACCUCUCUUAUGUUUAGUGUGGCAGUUUUCAGUCCGCUAAUUAUAAUCCUAGUAUUCACCUUCCUGAGAAAGUCUGAGCGAGGAGAUCUGAAAGAAGCCUCACUGUCUGUGACUCUGACUCUGGUGUUGAAUGGAGUGUUCACCAACGCCAUCAAACUUGUUGUUGGCAGACCACGACCAGACUUCUUCUACCGCUGUUUCCCAGAUGGUCAGAUGAACCUGGAGCUGCGGUGCACCGGGGACCCAGAUGUCAUCAUGGAGGGCAGAAAGAGUUUCCCCAGCGGUCACUCCUCCUUUGCAUUUGCAGGUUUAGGCUUCACAGCCCUGUACAUCGCAGGAAAGCUGCGCUGCUUCAGUGAGGUGGGCCGAGGCCGAGCGUGGCGGCUGUGUGCCUUCCUCACCCCUCUACUCAUCGCAGCUGUGAUUGCCCUCUCCAGGACCUGUGACUACAAACACCACUGGCAAGAUGUAUUGGUGGGUUCUCUGCUGGGGCUGUCCUUCGCCUGGCUGUGUUACAGACAGCACUACCCCUCAGUUCAGGACAGCGACUGCCACAGACCACUGCGUUACAGAGAGCUUCUUCCCACCGCACACGAACGGAAGCUGGCCAACUCUAACUACAUCCUGCCCCUGUAGGACAGCCGUACCUGGAUCCUUACCGGUGGUGUUUAUGUGGGCUUACAUGGUUUGAUCCCUAUUCAGUUUUUCUCACCUUUUAGGGCUCGGGUGAAUAUUUAACGUUUAUUGUUGUAACUGUGUUGUCUUUUUUGUAUAGUGAUAUAGGACAAGUAGGUAGUUUUUUUUUUUUUUUUUAAGUUAUUUUUUGGAUUUGAAAGUUACUAAAAUAUCAACAACAGUUAAACUGUUCACAGUGGUGGACAUGGACGUAAACCCUGACAAACUGCCAUUCUAUACCAACUGCAUCAGUACUGCAAGGUUUCUGGUUGUGUUAACAUGGUUUUUCUUAUUGUACAGCCCUACACAGACGGUGUGUUAUGCCCAUAGCUCGUACUGUAAGACAACAGCUGAGCAGGUCAAUGUCACAUCCACUGCACUAAUAGCCCCCUGCUGAGCUCAGCUGCUGUGACACAGUGUCUCGUGAAGGCUCACAUGUUUUUUGCUUUUGAAACAAGCAAAGGUUAGGAUAAAAAAGUCUUUUACAAUGAACAGUAUUUAAUUCUGUGCCAACGACGUUGUCAUUGUUGACCUUUAAGGACAUUAUGCAUUAUACAGAAAAGUCAAACUCAAAGACCUCAACAGUAAUGAACUUCCAUCUGCAGAUCAUGGUCUUUGAUUGAUGUCAUCAUGGGAAGCAGCUCCAGACAACACCAGCUGUCUGUAAACACCAGACAAGCUGCACAGUUGACUGGAAAUGUGGUUGAGAUUUGUGACAACAUCAGCUAGACACACUGGUUUAAGAGGAAAGCAAGAUGUUAUUGAGAUUUGCCUGAGGAAAACCAGAGGUGUUGAUGUCUGUUCACUGUUCAUGUCUGAGAAGAGUGGAUCAGUUAGGUUAAAGCUUCUGUCAUGGUAUAUGUAAUUAUAAAUCACAAUACUACAAGUAAUAUGAGAAAUCAUCAGUGGGAAAAAAACAUAAAAUCAUGGUAUUCAUUGCUCUUAAACAAAAGUAUGAAACCUGGGUGUUCAAAAACAACCUUAAAGAAUCAGACUAUUCAAAAGUGAAACUUUAUAGUAUUCUAUAUUUCCCUACUGUUACUAACAGUUGCCAUCUUUAGACCAAAGUCACUGAGGUGUUGUCUUCCAGUACUUCCUUUUCUUCGUCCUUCAUCUUGUGGAGCAUCUACAUCUUUAGUCAGUACCACUCAGAGUUACAAAUUCAUUUGUUUUGGGCUUCUGUUGCCAAUAUAAGCUCCCUGUAGAUUCACCUGUAAACGAGCAACCAAUGCAGUAUAAUCCGUGUGAUUUCUUUUUGUAAUGUUUGGGUGUCUUUCUGUCGCAGGAUCUGAAAGUAGCUGCCAGGGUUGUGUUUUAAAGUCAAAAACAACUCAGCCACAUUUGCUUUUUCAGACAUUGCAGUUUUUCUCUGUUGUCUCUGUCUUUAGUGUUUUCUCUGUCUUCCAUCAGUAAAUGUUUUUAUUUACAGAUUGUGUCACUGAUAUCUCAGUAUAACAUCUUAAUGUAGCAGGUCCACUAACUCUUGCAGUUUUUCUGUGCCUGCAGUACUUCAAUAGUACUUCAACAAUGAUAUCUCUGCUUUAACUUGGUUUCAUAUCAAUAAAUCCUCUAGCUAAUUUUUCAAGCUGUAUUAAGCAGGACUGUUGACCUAAAAUGGACAGACAGUGUACAGAGCCAGUAAUAGUGGACCCAUAUCCUUCAGAUGAUCCUGAAAUGGGAUCAGGCUGUAACCUCCCCAGGUGAUGGUGCUAUCCUCCCAGCACUUCUGCUGGUCAGGUUUUCUAUCCUGAUUAUGCUGUAGUUUAUUGAUAUGUGACAUUUGUUGUUUUUUUUUCUCCUCAUGUAGUCUUGAAGACUGUUAAUGCUGCAGUCUGUGGUUGUAUAUUACCAGAUUUACUCAUUUGUGAUAUUAUUUGUUUGUUUGUUUGUUUUUUGCUUUACAAACAAAAUUUUGUUGCAACUGUAUUGCAGGUUAAACAUGAGAAACUAAAGCUCAAUGUUUUUGUUUGCACGUAAAACUAGACUAAAGUUUUGCAGGGUCAAAGCAUAUUUGCUCCUUACUGUGAAUCAGGCCGAGAGCAGCUGGAUCACAGUGCUUUCAGACCAAAAGUCAGAAAACACAUGAAUUUGUGCCUUUCUUUAAUACAUUAUUUCAUGGCUCUCUAUUAACGAAGGAUCUAUAAACUGCAUGUAAUAGAUCUCAUGUUACAUUUUUUUUAUUGUUCCACAGUCUAUUCACUUAGUGAGAUUGAUAAUGUGUAAUUUUGGCAUGCUGCUUCUUCUUACCUCAGAACCUUCUCUAGCACUCAAAAUAACUCAAAUGGAACAAUUUCUGUGUUUGGGAGUAUAAAAUCUACAACAAAUGGAAAUAGAAAAAAAUCUUAAGGAUUUAAAUAUCAUUUAAUCGAUCGGUUGUUUAUGAGAUUUUUAAAAUUGUAUUUAGUUUUGGGGCAUGUGCAUUUUUUUUACUUGAAUUUUGAAUAAUUUGCUUUGAUUAAGGAUGUUAUUUCUUGUAUAGAAGAAUCAUGUUUCAGGGUGAUCUUUCAGACUGUAAAAGUCUGUUUGUUGCAUUUUGAUAAAAUCAUGCAUGUUUUUCAGCUCAAUCCGUCAUUCCAGACCUUCACACUUUCCAUUAAAUUUCUAAUAAAUUAUGUGAUUUUCAGAACACUG